UUUGUCACUUGGAUUUAAUCAUUUGGUGUAACCGGUUAGUUGCGGCGUAAUAAUAUUAUUGUGUUUUUAUUUGCAUUUAAAACUGAAGAUUUCAUCUUUAGCAGUACAGGAAGAAACAAAUCAUCUGAUUUGUAGGUGAAGUGUGGAAGGGCGAAGUUCGCCUGGCGAACUACGCCGUCAAGAUGAUUAAUCUCACCAUAAGAACUUUGGAUUCCAGCGAUCAUCCCUUCUCCGUAGAAGAUGAUAUCACCGUUGAACAACUCAAAAUGUUAGUUGAGGAAAAGGUGGGGCUUAGGUAUGAUACACUACGAUUCAUAUACUGUGGAAGAGUUCUUCAUGAUGAAAACCUGUUAGCUGACUAUAAUGUUGACGACAAAGUAAUUCACAUGGUUACAACAUUGCCUCCUGAUGAGCGAAACAGAAACCCAGAUGCUCCUGGGGGGGUACCUUCGACAUCAUCAUCACAGUCUAGUCCGAAUAGUCCAGGACCAAGUUCGGAGAAUUCUUCAAAUACAUUGUAUCCUGAAAGGUUGUUACAGCAAUCACCAACAGCUGCACGCCUUAAAACACUCCGCAAACUCAUCAAAACUAUGCGGACUAUUUUUGGAUGUUUACAACCACAUUUUCCAACAGUGGCACAUGUUAAUGACAGUUCAUCAGAUGAAUUUGAUAAUAUUGAAGAUGAUGGAUUCCUUCAGGGCCUUGGAACUGACGAUGAUGACAACAACCCAGAAGAUCCAAAUGAGGUACAAGAUGGUAACGUCGAAACUGUGAGGCAAAGGCCAGAGGAAUUUGCCCGAUUGGUCGGAUUCCUACACGAAAUAGAGACAGCCUUUAUUCCUAUGAGGAAAUUCUAUCUCCGUUGGAUACGGUCAGAUGACAGCCAGUUGACAGAAGCAAACAUAGAACCGCGGCAACGUAUUAUCGAUCUCAUCCGCACUGUGUAUCAUCACAUGGCGCAUGCAUUUCACAUCGUUAGUGACAUAAACCUACUAUCAACCCCAACACAGACAAGACUUACGUCUACGCUGCAAGUCAGUGCUAUGCAGGAAUUUUCCCGAGAAAUGGAACAAGAAGAUGACUUUGAACAGCAUAUGGCGGGUGACCCAUAUACCUUUGAAUUUGAGGUGGAUUCAGCAGAAAUGCCCAUUGGAUUUCAUCACAUGGAACAGAGCCUGCUCAUCACUCAGGUCCCACUUAACAAUGAUAUCCCUAACAUACCUCAACCUGAAGAAAUGGAUAUAAUAGUGAAUAUUGGAGAAAUUCCACUACCACUGGGUGCAGACAAUCCUCCUCCUAACUCGGGCCCCAUCCUUAAUAACGAAGUUAAUCAAGGCCGCGGGUUUCCAAUUGUAUCGACACGCACUCGUCACCCCUGGGAUCUCCGACAUGUCUUGACAAGGAAUGUAGAUAAUAUGGUCAGAGAAUUACCUGGCGGAGCUCAACCCAAUUUUAAUUUCAUACGGAACAUCUUACAUAACAUCAAUCCACAUAACAUCAAUCCACAUAACAUUAUAGAAGAUGAAUUGAGUGCAAUGGGCCCCUAUGGAAACCAUCCUGUUCCUGAUUUUGACAGAUUCUUGCCAUGCAACAGCAUUUUUGCUGAUUUUGAGAGCAUUUCAUACUAUCACCCAGUGCCUCCACGCUUCUUCUCCGAUCUCACGAAGAGAGAUAUGCAGAUUAUCAUUCGAAUUUUGUACGUUCGUUUCGAAAGAAACUUACCUGGUGAUGAUCAAAUAAUGAUGGCUCUGCUUCUACUAUGGCAUGAUGCGGUGGUGGUACACACGCGUCGGGAGCUAACCGACAAUCAGUUGAUGUCACUGCGGCGCCGUAUUCAGCGUCACUUUUUGAACGCUUUAUCCACAGUUCCAUUUGCUACCCAACGAACUAUUCGUCCAAUACUUGAUCAACUCUUUAACAGACUCAGAGGCUUCUUCGACCGCGUAGAACGUAUGGGUGUCUUGCUUCCAAAUGUUAAUCUAGUUGCCUCGUUCCUCGCGGUACUGAACGCGUUCUUCCAGCCGGUUGUUCGUUCUUUGUUAAGGCACGAAAUGCGGCGUGCAGAAGAUUGCGUCGCAAUGACCCGACUGCUGUACGAGAUUGGCCUUCUACUAAUCAAUUUAUGUUAUCGAGGUUUGGAAGACUUCAUCAAAAUAUGUAAAGCGUUUGUGAUCGAGAUUUUAUCAGAUACUAGUGAGACAUUUUGUGAUCUCGCAUUCUCCAUAUUUCAUAAUAUUAGGCAUGCCGUGGCCAGGAGUUUGCUUAACGAUACCCAUUUGCCAUCGAACUAUGUGCGGUAUCAUCUGUAUGCGCCCCCAGACUCUUCGCCAUACAAUUCCGAGCGCGAUGAUGGAGGUGAAAUGUAUGCUACAAUGCGAAGGCCACGACGCCGCCGACAAAGAAGAUUUACACAUCUGCCAAGGGUACCUGGAAUGGAUGAAGAUGAAGAUGAUUCGCCCCCAGUGGAAAGGCAAGUCUUCUCGCAGGAGUCAAAUCUUGUGGGUAUGGAAUCAAUUACGUCAUCAGAUGAAAUGCUCGUCCCAACGCCGGCGCCGGAGAAUGUCCGUGAAGUUGCAACUGAGGUUUUAGAGGGGCCAAUGGACAAUGAUUUGAGUGAUUUUUAUUUAGAUGGUACUGCACAGUCUGAACCAAACUCAGAAUCGUCCGAUGAUACUGAAAACUCGGACGAAGGAAGUGAUACAGGGUCUGUUGAGUUUUUUCGACGAAUUGCAGACCUAGACAGAUGCUAGAGGUGAAACAGCUGAAGAUACUAUAGUAAUCUUGGAAAACCCUGAAUCUGGGAGGACUUCCAGGACUACUAAAAGGAGGGGAGGGACACAAAGUGAUCCUGAUACUGUGUUGAAGUGAAAAGUUGGCCUACAUUAUAUUAUUAAUUUUCAUUUACGGAAGUCGCGGUACUACUAACUAGUAAGCGAGAUAGUACUAUCUUCCGUGGUUUUCGCACAAAUUCAGUAUACAUUUUUGUAAGUAUAAAUACAAAUUCAGUAUACAUUUUGUAAAUAAUAUAAUAGUUGUAGUGUGUGUGAAAAUUGCUUUCAAGAUUCAGGGAGACUGGACUUUCUUGUUUUAUUUCCAAAUAUUUACUGGAAAUAAAACAUAAGUUCUGUACUAGUGUGUGUAGAAGUACGCCUCUGAGCUUAAUGAGCAAGAUAAUACUAUCUCGAAAAACCGUGGUUUCCGUACAAAUGUUCAGUAUACAAGUGCAUUGCAAGAGUAUAUAACAUUGUACUUAUAUAAUUAUGAUUAAGUAUACUAUCAGGAUAUCGAAACGGGUCCUCUUUGUUUUAUUUCCACAUAACUACUGGCAAUAAAACUUCAAUUGUUUAAUUAAUUCAAUGAAAGAAAGAGUUGAGGAGUUGCGUUACUGGCCUUUGAGAUGAGAGUAUGUUCUAUAUUAUAUAUAGCACCUAGCGGGUUCGAAUCCCGGUAUGUAUGUGCAUGCAUUUUUAUGAUGAAUAUGGUUGUUUCCGAGACAUAUUUGUUUAAAUGUAUUUAUGUAUGUUUAAGUAUAUUAACCGUAACACAUACUAUAUUAUAAGAUAAUUUGUAUAAAAAGUGCGUCAAUUGUAUGUGUACAUGUUUUGAUAUCAUUAAAACGGGUAUAUACAAGGCGCGUUCUAGUGAUCCAGAUAGCACAGAAUGGUUCCAUGAUUAUUGUACAACUCAUCGGUGUAAUUUAUUAUUGUAAAUAUAUAAUUAAUAAUAAAAUACACUGCGUACAACAAUGGCCACUUACUAUGUAAAUAACGAAACAAGUGUUCCAUAUUAUAUUUCUAAAUCAUAACUGACAGUAAUCAAUUAUAACUGGACUAAGUUUUAUAUUAGUAUAUACUACUAUGAGAACUAGUGUUCUCAUAGUAGUAUCUCGAAGAUAGGUUCCGUGAUUUCCGCACAAAUGUUCUGCAUAUUAUUGUAAAUAUAUAAUUAAUAUAGCGGUAGUCUGCGUGCGAAAAUCACCGCACGCUAUCAAAAUAACGAAUCGGGUCUUCCUUGUUUUAUGUCCAACAAAUUCUUGGAUAUAAAACAUGGACUGUAUUCUAGACUCAAGUUUUGUUAGCACUACAAUGAAACUGCGCUAUCUGGAGCACGGUCAAUUGGAGUUUGCUUAAAGGUAGGGUUUGUUCUUAAGCGGUAAGUGUAUGUAUAUUAUUGUAAAUAUAUCACUAGUUUAAACAUACACUACGCGUGGGAACUUGCCCUUACUAUCAAAAUAACGGGUCUUUGUUUUAUUUCCGAGUAGUGAAAUGGAAUUGGAAUUAAAACAUUGACUCAUUGCGGAACGGGAUGGUCAUUUGAUUUUUGCGCAAAAGCCCAGUGUACGGUCUACUGUACCAGGCUGAAAAUAAAACAGGGAAAUAUAUAAAGGACUGAGUUUCGAUAUCCCUACAUUAGACUGGACCAUCUUCAGUAUGGUCCAAUGACUAUUGCACAAGGAUUCAGUGUACGUUUUUAUUGUAAAUAUAUAAUAGUAUAUUAUGAUAUAAGGCUGAAAAGAAAGGAUGUGUUCAAGGUUUGCUCAUUAUACACAUGGCUGUGCAUUGCUGCUUGCACCCGAGCCGUACGCGAGGCCGGAAGUCAGCUGAGUGUCUAGUGAGCAAGUUGCUCACGAGUUACCUACGCACCUUUUCAACACACUUGCGAGGAAAAAAACAAACAUGUUUUGCAUAAAUCGUUCAAACAAAAUUUGAACAGCCCAGUGUACUGCAUUGCAACAAUAUCCCUACAUUAGGCUGGACCAUCUUCAGGGUGGUCCCAUGACUAUUGCAAAACGAUUCAGUGUACGUUAUUAUUGUAAAUAUAUAAUAGAAUUAUUAUGAUACAUGGCUGAAAAGAAGCUCAUUAUACUCGAGGCUGUGCAAUUGCUGCUUGCACCCGAGCCGUAGGUGAGGGCGCAAGUCAGCCCUGAGUGUAGUGAUCAAGUUGCUCGCAGGUUUCAUACUUGCUCUCUUUCAACAUACUUGCGGGGAAAAACAAACAUGUAUUGCAUGACUCGUUCAAACGAAAUUUUCACAAAAAACAACCGAUUUCAAAAAAACGAUUGAAAAAAUAUGAAAAUUAUGGGAAUUGGCGAAUUGUUUUUUGCGCGUAAGAUAAUUACAUGUAGCCAUACGCCUUCUUCAAAAUUAAAUUUUAGAGAUACAAAUCAAUGACGUUCCUUAUACAUGUGGACAUUUCAAUCGCAGUCUGAUAGCGCAACGGCAAAUGUGUGCUUAAAGACAACACUUUUCUCAUGUGCCAUAUUCGACCUUGUUUCGUAUGACGUGAAUUGUCUAAAUUUAUAGAACGUCAUUGGAUGAAAUGCAUAUAUUUUAUAACAAAUUAUUGUGAAUUAUAAAUAAUUUGAUAAUAAUGAACUUUUGUUCGUCUUAAUUACGGACACGUUAAUUUAUUCCAUUAAUGUAAAUUUAUAGAUUUGGAAAUUGAAAAUACUCUGUUUACUUUUAUAUAAUUUCCAGAUAGGUACUUAACUUUUUAGGAAUAAUUCAAUAAUGAGUGUGUAAUAUAAUCACGUGUAUGUUAUUGUUCGGUUUAUAGCCCUAAAGACGAUGUAAUAAGGGUCACUUUCCGAGCAAGUGUGUUGAAAAUACUUUUAACGUACACUACGUGCGAGAAUGCCCGCUUACUAAGUAAGAGUUCUUUACUUUCAAGGUAAAAAGAACAGGGUUUACUUACGGAACUAAGUUUCGAUAACACUAGAAAGAAACUGCACAAUCUUGAGGAUGCUCCCAUGAUUAUUGCACAAGGAUUUAGUGUACGUUAUUGUUGUUUAUAUCUAAAUCAUUUUAACGUACACUACCUGUGAUAAUGGCCGGUUACUAACAAAAUAACGAAACGAGUCUGUUUUUAUUUCCAAAUCUUUUCUGGAAAUUAAACAUACAUUCUGUUCUUAACUGGACUAAGUUUCGUUAUCACAAGAACACAACUGUAAAAGUUGUGAUCUUUUGAGUUUACUCAAAACAUUGUUUUACUUACAACUUAAAAUAUAUAUAUAUAUGUUUGGAUUUGUAUUUAUUUUUUUAUUGUUUAUUUAAGUAACACUCAAGUUGUGAUUAAGUAAGAAUUCAAGGUUGAUUUCAUUGCAUAUUGUUUUAUAAUCUUUAAAAAAAUUGCGACAUAUAUAUUGUUAAAAACAUAUAUAAUGUCUAUUAGUACAUAUGUAUUGCUUCGGCGAUUAUCAUUACAACGUAGCUCCUGUGUGAGCCAAGUACAUUAAGUGCUAGUCACUAUAUUCCUGUAGAUACUUAGUGAUUUUCUAAUUUUUUAAGCUUGGUACACCUUUCUUAUGUGUAUUUUCAGUCAAUCGAUAUUUACAAUCUUAUUUUUGCUUAAGAUUCACAACAACUUUAUGUUAUAAUUGUUUUUGAGUCUUCUAAGUACUGUUAGUUAUAGUUAGGUAUAGUUCCUGUUGUAAUUUGAUUAAGGAUGUAACGAUAUCAAUUUCAAUGCCGCAAUCAUACAUCAUUGUAUGUAUUGUAAAAAAAUAUAUGCUUAUUUUGGUAUUAUUAUUUUGAACAGUUGUCAACAGUAUACUUUACUGACUGACUAUGUAUAGGUUUAUUUUAUGACUUUCCUUACUAGUAUUAGUACUAACCUUUUAUGAUAUAAUGAUUCAAUCAAUAAGUUAUAUCUUUUAUAACUUUUUUAUUCGUUAUUUACUCGGUACCGUUGAUUAUUUACUGCAAUUAUCCGUAAGGUAUGGGCAUAAUUAUCGUUACAUUCCUAUAUGUGAUGUCUCUGUGUCUAUAUUGGAACUUUCGAAUAAAUUUCUGAAUGUUGUAGAAACAUAAGCCACUAUAUCAAUAUAUAAGCAUAUUAAAUAAUGCUUUUUGUGUUGUUCUCGUGAUAGUGUCAUACUCGUUGUCUAAAGGUAUUGUCAAACAUAAAUGCGAACCGAGCCGAUCUGGAAGCAUCGAGAAUGCGAACCGAAGUGGAGACGUCAAACAAAAAAUAAAGUAGGCGGAACAAACCGAAAUGGAAACGUUGCGAGACGCCACUCAAUUCAAAGGGGGAUGGCGAGUAUGCAUUUAUUUUGAGACCCACUGAAAGAAGUUGACUACAUCAUGGAAACCUAUUAAUAAUUGUAGAACAUAACACAAGGCCGGCAACGCUCUUGUGAUUCCUCUGGUGUUGCAAGAGAAUGUGGGCGGCGGUGAUCACUUAACACCAGGUGACCCGUACGCUCGUUUGUCCUCCUAUUCCAUAAAAAAAAAAUCGUAAGUGAGACUAAAAAAGUUAGGGAAAAAAGAUAUACCUAAAAGUAAAAUAUAACCUAAAAUUAUUAAACGAUAUCUAUUGUUAAAUCAAUAAUUUGUAUGUUAUGUCUAUGCCUAUUAAAACUGCCUGGUUAAAGAAAUAUAUAUUUAUACAUAUCUACAUGUGGAAGGUUGGCCAGCAGUGGGAUAGUUAAGGUUAUUAGUAAGAAUUCUCAUUCUUUUUUCAAGCAGGUAUCGACACUUUUAAAAGAAGUUACCUACUCAUUUUAAUAUAAAAAACCGAUAAUAAUCUUAUUGAAUUUAAUUGUGAAUUACUGCUGAUUUGAGUAUAAUUGAUAGUUCGAUGGUGUCGGAAUAAUAAUAACAAGGACUGUCAUGUCAAAAUAAUGUGGAUGUAAAUUGCGUAAAACGUUCCGUUAGUACAAGAUGACUUAUUAUUUAAUAAAUUAUAAUAAUUUAUUUCUUUUGACCCAUAUCUUAAUAAUUCAGCGCCUCAAUAAUUUUUAUAUAAUCAUCGUAUAAACUUAUGUUGUUAUAAUUAAUAAAUAAAUUUAAAUUAUGUGGGUCCAUUCUCGCCAUUCUCCUUUGUAAAUAAACACAACCGUAGCGCUACGCUCUUCCUUCCCGUCUCGCAUUCGCUCUCUGUUGUUUGACGUCGUGUAUUCAAAGCCAGCUAAUAUCUAAUCUCUUUUUUCUCAUGAAGAUAAGGGACGAGACGAGCAUGACGUUCAACUGAUGGUAAUUGAUACGUCAUGCCCAUUACAAUGCAGUGCCGCUCAGGAUUCUUGAAAAAACCCUAAAAUUCUGAGCGGCACUGCAACUGCGCCCUUCAGACCGAAACACAGUAAUGUUUACACAUUAUUGCUUCACGGCAGUAAUAGGCGCCGUUGUGGUAGCCAUUUUCUAGACGGCAUUCUGUGCAAAGGAGCUUACCACUAUCUCGCUCACAGCUCGCUUCGCGCGUUCGCCUAUGGUUUGGCCUGGCGUGGCACGACACACGGUUCGUCUUAUAUUCGGUUUGCUUUCGUUUUUCCAUGUGACUAGAUUCAAUCCAUAAUACCAUACAUAACAAAAUAAAAACGCUUCGUCACGCUUUCGGCUCGCUGACUGUUUGACAAUAGCUUAAGGCAAACAUAAAAGUAUGUCAAGCCAUAAUAUUAUGUGUGUUUUGUAGAGAUUAAUCAAUAACUUAACACUUACGACUCCCUCAUUAUAAUUUUUUUGAUUUCGUUUAUAAGUGAGGCUAAAGGACGUGUAUGUAUGGUUAUGGUAUACUCAUAGAGGUGAACAUUCUUUAUUAUCCACAGGACUGAUUAUACAAAAAUUAAUUAUAUUCAUUGUUUAUUUAAAAUGAACAUGAAAUUUAACUUGAAGUUAUAAGUAUUAAAAGUAUUUUUGAUUUCCAAAUAGUUUUCAUUUGCACUUUGUAGCUUUCAGUUUUGUGUGUUUUAUAAGAAUAAAUGGAAAUGUGAACUGAUAUGAUAAAAUUGAAUUUGUAAAAUAAUAGGGUAUAUGCAUAUGAUUUUAAUAGAUUAAAAAAAGUAUUACUUCACAAUUUUGCCUACAUCAAUAUUUUAUUUGAGUAAGAAAUAAAUUUACGUUGAUUAACCCGAGUGUUACACAUUUCAAUAAAACACUUUGAAAGCAUUAAAACGCGUGUUAUUGUAACUGUGUUUUUAAAACGUUUGAUUUUGCGUGAAAGUCACAUUUUUAUUAUUAUUUUAGUUAGCCCGACGUUACGAGAUCACGUUUUAGGAGGAUUGCUGUUGAAAUGAGUGACGAUAGUAAUUGUCAUAGUUGUCAUUAUGAAGUUUGCCUGCGUCUUUGAUUCGCCUCGGUGAUGGUAUUUGCUGUAGACUGAUGGUUUUUUUGGCAAAAUAAUUAUAAAAAUGUCACUUUUACGCAAAAUCGAAUAAAAACACAGUUACAAUUACACGCGUUUUAAUCCUUUAAUAAGACCUAUUUUAUUUAAAUGAAAUAAUUUUUUAAAAGUGCAAUUAUUUUUCGGAAUUCAUAUUUUAAGAACGAAUUUAAAGCAAUAAAACUUUUAGAAGGAGAAGUAAAAUAAAUAAAUUUUGGGACAAAUACCAUAUUUCAUCCAAACCAUCUUCGCAUGUUCUGUAUGAACUAUGACGUGAACAUAUAACGUGCCCAUGCAGUGCGCCCCUUUUAGGUGUCCGCGUAGGUUGGUUAUUAUUAACAUAUUUUUUCAAAUACUUUCAGUUUUUUUGCAGUAAAUUAUUUUUAUGAACUGAAAACGACAUAAACUAUGGAAUGAUAGUACUUUAAAAAUAUAUGCAUUUUCUCUAUUAUAAGAUCGGGUCCUUUAUGUAAUAUUAAGUGGUAUACCCUACUUCUAUCUUUAUUGUUUGAUUGCUUUGAGGAUUAUACUCUAACUUGUGUCAAAUAUCUGCUCGACAUUAGAGGACGCACAUUUAUGUCACAAUUGUCUCAGAAUUACUCGUUCGCUCAUUCCAUGUGAAAGAUUUUAUAUAAUUUGCUAUCUAGGAUGCGACGCGCAUACGCACCUCUAACGGGCGCAUUCAGUAUUCGAUCGUUACUGGUUAUUUUGAUUCGAUAUUUUAUUUUCUAUAUUUAUCCUGAAUCAAAUAAUAUAAAAUAUAAUAAAAUCCUUAUCCGCCACAUUCAUUCAAUCUCAAUUCAUAUGUACGUUUAUUCGAUGCUUUAUGAGGACAAUAUAAUAAUAAUAUUUGUAAUUUCCGCUAGUGUUACAAGAGUGUGGGCUGCGGUGAUCACUUCCCAUCACGUGACCCGUAUGCUCAAUUGGUCCUCCUCUUUGGCACAAUAAAUAUGCAACGCGUGCUUCCAUAGAGGCUUUAAAAAGUUCAACAUGAAGAUCCAAAGAUCGUUUAUUGAAUGCUCAAGUUAUAUACUGGAUUGUAAUAACGACGAUGACACUAUGAGAUCGGCAACUCUCGUGUAAUUUCGUCUAGUAUUACAAGAGUGUGGGCUGCGGUGAUCACUUACCGUCACGUGACCCGUAUGCUCGUUUGUCCUUCUCUCAAAAAUAAACUAAAUUUCGUGCUUCCAUAGAUUAUUUAAAAAAAUUUCAACAUAAAGAUCCAAAAAUUGGGUAAUCCAGGAAAUGGAUUGUAUGUCAGUUUCGGAUUGCGAUUGUUUAUAGAAUGCGGCCGUUAAUGGUGUCAAUUUGUGCGACACUUUAAUGAACAUCUUGAUUCUAUAGUUUAAGCCGCCUUUUCAUCCGGGAGCGAUGCUGGAGAUGGAGGAUUAGACCCUAUGUUCGAUCACUCUCGUUCACUAUAAAAGCGCUUUCUGUGGCCUUUUUUUCUCACUCCAUAAAUCAGUUUCAUUUUGCGUAUUGUAGGCCCAUUUUUGUAUCACUCUAAUGUCGAUGCAUUCUGUUUCGAUGUGAUUCGUAGUGAAAAAUAAAUGUUAAAUGUAAA